AAUAAUUAGUGUGACGCCAUUACAUUUCAGCUAUAGCUGUUAGCUUCAACGACUUGCUGAAAGAGUACUCAAGGAAAGUUAGAGAUCUUCAACAUGCGGGACAAUGGAUGAACAAUCAAGUGAAUCUAUGUGAAGAGGAAUCAUACCCUGGGAGGGCCUGUGUUGAACCAAGCUGCCCAGCACGGCAGUCCACAACACUGGAAGAAAACCUGAGAAGUGUCCUGUCUACCAUGUCGGAACGAAAUCUCCAGGAUCUGGACCUAAUAAUGGGACUGUUCCCAGAGCCUCCUACCGGCGAAAGAACAAUGUUUGUCACAGCAACAUCCAGCAACCACUUCUACGAGUCCCAGGCCCUGAUCCGAAACCUCCACAGGAAUGUCUUCCCUCUGAUUAAUGACUACACAUUUGUGCUCUAUGAUCUGGGACUGACGGCAUCUGAACGAAAGCAGAUGGAGAAACAUUGUCGUUGUGAAGUUCGGAGAUUCCCGUUGGAGUUCAUGCCUUCAAGGUUGCAGAAUCUUAAAUGCUACAUAUGGAAACCGAUUAUUAUACAGGCGAACCUACAUAAGGCAGACAUACUGGUGUGGAUGGACGCAUCUGUGAGGUUCUCCAACAGUAUCAUCAAAUCCCUGCUAGAUGAUGCAGAGAGACGAGGCAUGGUCUUAGCCUCAGGUACAAACUCUGUGGCACAGCACACUCUACAGGUUACAAUGAACUACAUGAAGGAAGACGUCUGCACCCUAGCUCCAGUGUUAGAGCAUGAAGCAACAUUCAUCAUGUUUCACAACGAGCAGUUGAUACAAGAGGCCGUUAUGAAACCAUGGGCAGCUUGUGCCAUGAGUGCUAAGUGCAUGUGUCCUCGGGAUCCAGAACAAGACAGCUUCUGUGACGUGAACAUCCACAAAUACAAGAAAUGUCAUCGAUUUGACCAAUCAGGAAUAAACAUCAUCCUCGCCAAACUUUUUCGGGACCACACAAGUAGUUUUAUUUCGCCAUACUACUACUAUGUCAGUUUACAGCGUGAUGAUUCUUAUCUUUAUUUUUGA